AUUGAAGUAAAUAUAAGAGAAAGGAGGGACAAAUAUUAAGGAGAGGAGGUUACAAACAGCACCGUGUCUGGUCUUUUCCGAUAAGCUCGUUCAUUGUUCCAAUGGCGAGGACAAUCAACUUCAACUUCAACUACAAUCCUUCUCCUUCUUAAUAACUCUUUUACUUGUUUCUCUCUACCUGUCACAAAUCACACAAUUCUUGGUUUUUUUUUCUUUCUUCAUUUUCUUUCUAUUUCUCACCCACCAAACUACCAGCCCUAGAACAAACAUUUUUGUUUUGUGUUGUGUACAUCACUUUCUUUCUCUCUCUAAGCAUAGUUUACAUGUUCAAGAAACAAAAAAAAAAUCUGUAAGCUGUAAUCAAACUCAAAAAAAUAUGUUAAGUUGAUUUGAGGUAUUGUGUUGAAGUUUCAAAGAAAGAGACAACAAAAACAAAAAGAAAAAACAAUAAUUUUAUGAUCUUAUUUUGCAUUUCAAGGUACCAUUUUACACACUCAAACAAGGAAAGACCAUCUCAACAAUUCAUGAAAAUCAGCAGCAAAGAAUAAGGAAGAGAAGAGGUUUUGCUUUUGAAAGGGUUUUGUUCUGCAAAACUGCAUAAAGCUAAAGAAGGGCCUCCUGACUUGGACCGUGAUAUAUCAGAGAGUAAAAAAGGCCUUUUUAUCACUACACAGCCAAAACAGUCUCUGAAUUUUCAUCAUCAUCAAUGCAAAGGACAUAUACCUAGCUAACCCCACACACAAACACACACUCUCUCUCUCUCUCUCUCUCUCUCUGCACUGCACAACCAGAGAGAAAUUUAAGUUAAGAUUGAGAUAAAUAAUAAAGUGAAGUUAGACCAAGUUGGUUUGUUUUUGCAAAGGCAUGAUUGUGGUAUGGAGGAGGAUGAGAUUCAAGCCCAACAUAAAUUCCCAAGAGUUGAAAAUGAGGAAGAAAAUCAUGGAAGAGAUAUCAUUAGAAGAGGUGGAGGAGGAUGUGAUGGAAGUGCAAAUCUUAACAGGUUCAAUAAUUGGCAUCAUUCUUCAAGAAUUAUAAGGGUUUCAAGAGCUUCUGGUGGAAAAGAUAGGCAUAGUAAAGUAAUGACUUCAAAGGGUUUAAGAGAUAGAAGGGUUAGGCUUUCUGUUACAACAGCUAUUCAGUUUUAUGAUCUUCAAGAUAGACUUGGUUAUGACCAACCAAGUAAAGCUGUUGAAUGGUUGAUAAAAUCAGCUUCUGAUGCUAUUUCAGAACUACCUUCACUCAACAACUCAUUAUUCUCUGGUGAUACACCUAAUAAUAAUAAUAAUAAUAAUAAUAAUAAUAAUAAUAGUAAUAAUCAGCCAAGUGAACAAGGUGUUGAUUCAGUUCAUGAUUCUGAAAUGGUUGUUGAGAAUGGUGAAAACAAUUAUCAAAGUCAGAAUCUUUCUUUGUCUAAAUCUGGUUGUAGUAGCACUUCUGAGACAAGUAAAGGUUCUGGUUUGUCUCUUUCAAGAUCUGAUGUUCGUGUGAGCCGUGUCAAAGCUAGAGAAAGAGCAAGAGAAAGAACUGCUAAGGAGAAGGACAAAGAGAUUAAUCAUGAAUCUCACAAUACUCAUCAACAGCAUCACAACAAUGUGACCUCUUCCAUUUCUCAAACAGCUUCAUUCACUGAACUACUUACUUGUGGAAUCAACAAUACUGUUACUACCACAAAUAGUCCAAGAGGGUCAGCUGAAGAACCUAGUUUUUUCAACAAAGCUAGACAGCAACAGCAGCAGCAGCAGCAAUGGAAUUCUUCAGCACCAAUGGAUCAUUACUUUAGUCAAGUAUUUCCAGGAUCUUCAUCAUCAAGGGCACAUCAUCAUCAUCAUCUAUUAGGACAUUCACUUCAUGAUCAUCAAUCAAUGACAAUGUCUAAUUCAGUUUCACCAUUCAGUACUAGUGGUGAGAAUCAUUCUCAAGAUCAGCAUCAGCAUCAUUUGCAGCAUCCAUUUUCAUUCAUACCAGAUCAUAUGAUGCAAAAUGUGGUUACUUCUUCUUCUACUCAACCAAGCGGGAACAACAAUGAUUAUAAUCUGAAUUUCACAAUCUCUUCGGGCCUUGCUGGUUAUAAUAGGGGGACCCUUCAGUCCAAUUCACCGUCUCUUUUGUCUCAUCUUCAAAGGUUUGCAGUUUCACCUUUAGAUGGAUCCAACAAUCUACCUUUUUUCAUGGGAGGAGGUGGAGGAGGUGCUUCUGCUUCUUCUUCUCCUGCUUCAGCUUCACCUUCAGCUGCUCCUACAAUGGAGAAUAAUCAUCAUCACCAUCACCAGAUUCAACACCAUCUGAUUUCAUCUGUUUUUGAUGGUAGCAGCUUGCAGCUCUAUUCAGAUCAGAAAGGGAAACCCAAAAACUGAAGAGUUUCACUUUUCCUCCAUUUUCUUCUAGCAGGACUUUCGAAAAAUGGAGUACUAGCAGCAAGAUGUGUUCCAAUUCAAGCUUGCCUUCACCAAAGCAGUUGAGAUAUAUAUGCUAGCUGUUGGCAUCAAGUGUUGGUUGGGAUCAUUUUCAAGUCAUUCAAUUUGAUUCAGUAUUUUUGGAUACAAUUAAAUAUAUUUAUUUAUUUAUGUAUGUGUGCAAAGAUCAUUGUGUUUUGGAGAAAUGUAAAAGCUACUUAAUUUGACAUCUGAAUUUACUUUUUCCCUCAUUUUUAAA